UGGCUGAACUGUGAUAAUCUCAGAAAGUUAGCUGCUGCUGUCCAGAGGGCCCAGAGAAAGCAGAACCCCUGAGCCAAUUGGAUAUAUUUUGAAUAUAUUUCACUACAAAGUCUGAUGAGACCAAUUUUAGGAUCAUCAGAGAAAUGGACUCACUUAUCACACAAGCCUUCCAGAAAGAACUUACCUGCUUCAUCUGCCUGAACUACCUCACAGACCCCAUCACCAUUGGCUGUGGGCACAGCUUUUGCAGACCCUGCCUCUGCCUUUCCUGGGAAGAAGCCAAAAUUCCUGCCUGCUGCCCCAUAUGCAGGGAACCAUCGCGGCAGAAAGAGUUCAAAACUGAUAUUCGAAUGAAGAAUCUGGUGUCUAUUGCCAGAAAAGCCAGUCUCUGGCAAUGCCUAAGCUCUGAGGAACAUCUGUGUGGGACCCACCAUGAAACAAAGAAGGUGUUCUGUGAGGAGGACAAGAGCCUGCUGUGUCUGCUCUGCUCUAAGUCUCAGGAACAUGAGACUCACAGACACUGUCCCAUUGAUGGGGCUGCUGAGGAAUACCGGGAGAAGCUCUUACAACAAAUGAGGACUUUAUGGGAAAAGAUCCAAGAAAAUCAGAGAAAUCUAAAUGAGGAGAGUGAUAUCACCAACCGGUGGAUGUGUUACGUGUAUCGCCGGGCAGAGAUGACCAGGGAUGCUUACUGGGCUCAGAUGAACAGAGCUGAAUAUAGGGAUCUGCAUCCUGUUCUCCAUGAGGAAGAGCAACAACAUCUAGAAAUGCUGAAAAAGGAACGUGAAGAGAUUUUGCUGCAACUUGAGAUAAGUAAAGCCAAAAUGGAGCGAAAAAAAAAGCACCUCAGAAAAACAUAUGAAGAGCUGAGGAAAAUGUGCUAUAAACCAGAUGUAGAGUUGCUCCAGGAUUUGGGAGACAUAUUGAUAAGGAGCAAAUCUGUGCAGCUGCUCAUUCCCCAGCCUGUGAACCCGGAGCUCAGUGCUCAGCCCAUCACUGGACUGAGAGACAGGCUCAACUGCUUCCGAGUAGAGAUUUCCUUCAGUGAUGAAAUACCCAGUCACAGUAUCAGCCUGUUUGAUGUGCGAAGUUUGUUCAGGCACGACCAUCAAGGCACAUCUGUGAAUUCUGACAGAUCCCACUAUUUAGCCACGUGGGGUACCCAGAGAUUCAGCGCUGGGAAACACUACUGGGAGCUGGACGUGGACAACUCUUGGGACUGGGCUCUAGGGGUCUGUAAGGAUUCCUGGACAAGGAGCAGUGGCUCAAUAUCUGAUUCUGAAGAUGCAUUUCUCCUUUUGUGUGUGAAGGACGAUAAGCGUUGCAAUCUCUUGACCACCUCCCCAAUGAUUUGUCACUACAUAAAGAAACCCCUGGGCCAGGUUGGUGUAUUUCUUGAUUUUGAGAGUGGAAGUGUGAGUUUUCUAAACGUUGCCAAGAGCUCCCUCAUAUGGAGGUAUCCUGCUGGCUCCUUCAGUUUCCCUGUUAGGCCUUUCUUUUACACGAGACAUCUCUGAUGGGGGAUUUCAGGAACUUGACUAUAUAUCUAGGAACUCCCUCUCUGAGGCCACCUUUCUUAGGCGAAGAAAAACAGUAAUACUGUGCUGUCUUUUUUUUUUUUUCUCUACUUUAA